UGUUCUCUUUGUCCCUCUACCUUCCAUACAAUACAUAUACUCUCUCUCUCCCUUACAAGUUACAACAACAACGUAAACUCACUUCGCUUCGGUUCUUCUCAAGUCGUCUCUUCUUCCCCUAAAGAGAACCAGGUUUUUGUCGAGAGAGAUGGAGAGGCUAAACUCGAAGCUCUACUUGCAAAACUGUUAUAUAAUAAAGGAGAACGAGAGGUUGAGGAAGAAAGCUCAGAUUCUGAAUCAAGAGAACCAACAACUCCUCUUCGAACUCAAACAGAAGCUCUCCAAAACCAAGAACUCUAAUGGAUCAUCAAACCAAGGAAGCAACAACAACAACAACAACAACCUCUCUUCAUCAUCAAGCUCUGCUGCUUCUGAACAUUAAUCAUCAUGGAAACAACAACAACAACAACUCUAUUUAGGACAAGAUUUGGAUUUGGUUAACUAGAAGAAAGAACGUAGUACCCAUCAUUUUCAUUUUCUUUUUACUGGUGUAAUGUAAUAGUUGGUUAGUGGUAGUAGUAGUAGUAGUAUUAUUAAUUUUAUUUCGAACUAGUUUUUUUUUUUUUUUUUUUUUAUAAAAUAUUUGGGUUGGGUUCGUAUCUUCCUCCUGAUUUACUAGAAAAGGGACAGAGAAGGCGUUGUGUGCUCUCUCUCUCUCUCUGACCAAUCUUCUUCUCUCAGGGACUAAAGGGGAUAUUUUUACUUUUGUUUCCAUUUAUAUGUUAAUUAGUUUUUUUUUAUAUAUAUCAUGUGGGGUUUGGUUGUUUAGGACAUGGGUGGAUUCUGGGACUACUUCAUUGUACCUUCUUCUCUGCUCUUCUCUUUAACAACCAACCAACCAGUAUCUUCUUUUUAUCCCUUUAUUAUAUAAUAUAUUACAUGGUCUUGAUAUAACAAAUUGUUAAAGGGUAGCAAUAAGAUUUUGAAUGUGUGUGUAUGUUUGUUAA